CCAAAAGAGUGACCUACAAAUGUAUGCCUUCUGAGUGGUAGACUUUCAAUUUGGGUAGAAAUGUUUUUCCCCCAGAAAAUGGCAAUUGAUGAAGGAGCUGAUACCUCAUACUGGAUAAAGUUUUUUACAGAAUGUGGAAUUCCACCAAGUGAAUCAACAAACUAUGCUAUCACAUUUACAGACAACAGGAUACAAAAAGACAUGUUAAUGGACCUGACUAAAGAGUAUCUUACAGAAAUGGGAAUCUCCAUUCUAGGAGAUGUCAUCGCUAUCCUCAAACAUGCAAAAACAGUACAUUCACAGUUAGCAAGAGAGAAAGCACUCCAGGGUACAAAAAACAUAUCAUCCACACCCAGACGACAGACAGCUGCUAGUAGGACUGUCAAUCAUUACCUAGGAAAUGAUCCAGACUCAGCCCCAAUGAAUCUCGCAGUAGUGCCUAAGCUCUCUAAAGAGUUAUCUGCCCGUCUAGGUGGCACACCUCCUGUAGAAGAAUCUGGCCUUAGAAGUACCACAGUUAAAUUGUCCAAAAAACUGGAAGAAGUUGUACCAGUCCCAAAGAAAAGAAGAGUAUUUCCAGAACAUGAAGGAAAAUAUAAAAUUACAAUGCCGUCAGGGAAGACACAGAAAACAAAGAAACUUUUAGCCAAAGCCAAAAAGACUGAUUCAGUAUUUGAUAGACUUGGUUCAGAAACAAGACAGACGACAGUAACAAAUUCUGGUUUAUUAAUCAGUUCUACGUCUGAGGGCUCAGUGUUCAGUAGGUUGGGUGGCAAGCAAGCUUUAAAACGGGAAGCAACAUCAACAUCUCUUGACCUGGACUCUGAUGAGGAUGACGAAGGAGGGGAACAGUUAGAAUAUGCAGGAAUAUUUAAAAAUACUCCAUCACCUGCUAAAAAACCUAAGGUUCCCGUGAUGAAAAAGAUAACUAUUACAAAACAAGUCACUGCUAAAGUGCCUGCUAAGAAGUUAGUUGCAACUGCAGGAAUUUUGUCAGAAGAUGCAGAAAUCCAGUUGAAUAAGAGAAUAAAGGAAAGAUUGGGCAAAAAGACUAGUCUUCAAGAAGUGUCUAGUACAACUGAUGAAAUAGAUGCUACUAGAUCAGGUGCAGUUUACAAUCGACUUGGGCCUAAAAAAGUUGCCACAGUAUCCAAAAAGCCUGCCAGUCCAGUUGGUGUAUUUGGUCGUUUAGGAAAACCAGUGACAUCAACAUGAUCUUCAUAAUUUGGGAACAAAAAGGAAAUGUGCAAUGUAUCAAAGCCAGUACAAGGAACAAGAUGGAAAAUGAAAAAAAAUUACUUAAAGAUCAAUUGAAGGAAUGAAAUUGUUUUUCAUUGGUACUUCGUGUAUUUUUUAAAAGAAGAGAAAAUGGUGUAGCUAGUUACAUAUAAUUUAUUUUUAUAAUAGCAAGAUAUUGACAUAACUGGUGUAAGGAGCAUUAAUAUGUUUUAGCAAGUCUUUGGGAUGUACUUUUGGUUUUAAUAAAUGUGAAUUCUAGGGCAGAUAUAAACUGUAUUCAUGUUAGUGUAAUGCUUGACAUAGUUUAGAAUUUCCUUAUUUGGGUGGAAGCUUCUGUUCUAUAUCAAAAUCUAUAAGUGUAUGACAGGUAAAGAUGACUUUAUUAUCAGUAACCUUAUAUAGAAGUCCAAUUUUGAAACCAGAAAAAUAUUUUAGUUAAGCAGUUAAGAGCCUUUUGCAUUCUGUUUUACAAUUUAUGAAUCACAGAGCAUAAAAAAAUUACAUUAUUAUAUAUUUAAGAAUAAUAUGUAUACAAAGGGACCUUGUAAAGCAAUGUUGGUUCAUAUUACAUUUGUUUAUUUUGCAAAGGUAAGGUCUAUAUAUUUAAUAUGUAAUAGAUGUAUAUGAUACUGUUGACAUAUUUAUUAAAUAUAAAUGACAACUGUUGGGAAGAAGUUUUGAAAAUAAGUGGUUACAGUUGAAAUUUUGAGAAUGAAUAUUGGAUUCUAGGAUGAAAUCAGUUCAGCCAUGCAAGUUAUAAAGUAUGUAUAAUUAAUGCAUUCUUGUAUUUUAAGAAAAUUGUACAUAUGAUUACAGAGAACAUUCAGGUUUAAUUACUUAUGAAAUAAAAAUAUGUUUUGACU